CUCAGCAGGUCUUCGUCAGUGACUGGCCGCUCGUGCACAACAUCGACCUCCCUACAUCUCAUUCAGACUGGUCACGAAAUCCACAAAAGGCGCCUCGUCGCGCGACACCCAACCACGUACCUGGGCUGAAUGAUCAUCCGGCGGGAUCAAUUCGCUGAAGCCUAUGGCCGCUUCAAGACCGUUUCGCUCUCUGGCACCUGCGCGGUUCUCAUCCUCGUCGCGCUCGAUGUCGAUGCCUUGUGCGCUACAAAAAUGCUAUGCACAAUGCUGCGGAAUGACUAUAUACCGCACAAGAUACAUCCAGUCGCUGGCUGGAAUGACUUGAAGAAGGCGAACGAUGCCGUCGUUCAGAACCAGGAAGACCUUAAAUUCAUCGUCUUGAUGAACUUUGGCGCGUUUUUCGAUCCGCUUCAGCAUCUAUCUGUGGAUGAAUCCAUGACCAUCUAUGUGAUUGACUCACACAAGCCCGUCAUGAUGGAGAAUCUCUACUUUGAGUCCAACGUCUAUGUCUGGGAUGAUGGAACCCUUGAGCGGCAAACGGACGUGGCACAAGCUUUCGCAGAGUGGCAUGAAGAGGAAGACCGUAUCAGAGACGAGGAAGAGCGUGGCAGUGAUGCUGGAGAGGAAGAUGAGGGACUCGGUGCAGAUGAGGAAGCGCCAGAGGAAGAGGAAGAGGAACAGGAACAGGAAGAACAAGACGACCAGGAAAGUCGUCCAGGGACGCCCACACGACGCAAACGGCGUAGCAGUAGUGGUUCUCCUCAUGCUUCUGGCUCAGACGCUGGUGAUUUCUCUGGAUCUGAAGACUCUGAUGAGGACGGUCCACGGCAACGGCGAAAGACGAGCAGAAAUUCACAUGUCCAGCCUUCACCGAGACGGCCUGUCGCUAAUGCCCCCGAUGCAAUUGCCCCAGUCAAAGAAUCUGCAAACGAGAGACGGAGACGGCAUCAGCGUAAUGCAAACCUGCUUGCCGACUACUACGACCGUGGCGACUGGUAUGGCGAAUCGAUCGCUGGACUCAUGUAUGGUCUUGCCUCUGAUCUGGGUCGCGAAGACAAUGACUUGCUCUGGCAUGCUAUUGUUGGAUUGACAAGUUUGACUAUCCAGUCACGGAUCACGUUGGACACGUACGCGUCUUUGUACCGCGACUAUAAAGACGAAGUCACGCGUCUCAAUCCGCCUACGGUUGCGCCGGCCAAUGCGCUUCCUUCGGCGACCGUCAAGAGUCCGAGUGAUUUCAGCAUACGUGCAGAGAGUGAAUAUCGUUUCAUGCUCUUUCGCCACUGGUCACUGCACGAUGCCAUGUUGCACUCGCCAUACCUUGGUGCCAAGAUGAAGGUGUACUCGCAAGCCGGGCAAAAGAAUCUGGCCAAAUUAUUCGCCAAGAUGGGUAUGAGUCUGACACAAUGUCGACAGAUGUACACACACAUGGAUAUGGAUCUCAAGCAUAACUUGCGCGUCAAAUUGACCAAGUUUGCUCCACAGUAUGGGCUAGAUGAGUUGACGAUGGAGUCAUUUGUUCGGCAUUGGGGCUAUAAAUGCACUUUGUCUGCGAGUGAUGUGUGUUAUGCACUGACUGCGCUGCUGGAAUCAGGAACAGACACGUUUGUUAAGAAUGGCCACGCCAACCUCGGUCAUGGCCACAAGCCAGCAACAGAGACAACCACGCGUACAGAGCAGGAUAAGGAUGCAACGGAGAAUGGGAUUCGUGAAGAGUGGGUGACCAAUUUCUACGAAGCAUAUGAUGCCAUGGACCACGUCGAUGCCCUUCGCAAUGCAUUGCAUACAUCCAUGGACCUGCAACGCGCCAUUGUAGCAACAGGCACGGCACUCAUUGAUAAACGUGAGAUUCGCAGUCUGAGAAGUUUCCGCAUGGCGGUUGUGAGGGAAGGUCCACAUAUGCGCAUCUUCACACACCCUUUGGCGCUUGCGAAGUUGGCACACUGGAUUGCUGGUGCGCUGGAUGAGAGUAAUCGAGAACGUGGUCGAACGAAGCAUCUGCCAUUUGUCAUUGCCUGUCUUGAUGAACGGACUGAUCGGUACUUGGUUCUUGGCACGUCCGUCACUUCUUCACCGACAUUGGAAGCUGGUGCAGCGGAAGCACAAGGUGAGCAGCGCAAUAAGUUUGGGCAUGCCUUUCAGUUGUUGAGUGCGAAUCAUCAAGCGCGCUUUAGACUCGAUUCCUUUGACGCGAGUAUUGUGGAGUGUGAGCAAGGUGACCUUGGGCCAUUGCUGGAGACGCUUUCGCAACAGGUCUUGUUGUAGGCUGCCUCUACAGCGUUGUUCUUGUAGAAUGGGUCUGCACAGAAGCUGCCUUUGUGAUGAAGUCGUGGUGUCAUCUGAAGAAACAAAACACUUUGACGCGACAAGACGCGAUCUGGAGGGUGAAGCUAAACCAAAGAGCAGAACAAAGCAGCUCAAGAUGCCGCUGUCAAUGCACAUGGACACCAUCGAUCGGACAGCAAGCGCUCUCCAAGAUCUCUCCUUUGCGCAACCAAAAGCAUUCGUCAAUGCGCUUCUGAGUGAUCGCGACAUCACUUCCCUCAUUCGCGAUGCUGAACCACAUGAACAAGCACUCUUCUCAAGUCAUGGAAGUGGUACUGGUGGUGAUACAGAAACAAUGAGACGUGGUCCGACACCGAUGCGAUUACAGCUACGACGCGAAGCAGCUGCUUUAUUGAGUA